UGGUAUUGUUUAGCCCAGCGGGUAGCAGAAAUGUGCCUAAAAUCAAUGUGUCAUUUUCGCUCAGCAUAUUAGCCUCAGGAGGUAAAUAAUGCUUUGACCUGGUCGACGAAAAUCAAACUCAUCAUAUAGCAUUUUCAAAUAUAAAUAGCUUGAUUGUAGGUGAACGUGGCAACCCUGCUCCCCUUUUAAAAAAGUCCUACCGUGUACAGAAAAUAUGGUUAACCAAUAAUCGUCAUGUAUAGAGACAAUUUCCGCGCAUGCGCCUCAACCAUUUGAUUAGUCCUUCAGUACACAUCAGGUUUGAAAUAUACAAGUUAAUAGUCAAGUACAUUUUUGCUUAUUAUUAUCAAGAAAAAUUUAUAAAUGAGUCGCUCGUUCAAUCAUCAUUUGUUCGUGCCACAAUUCAUACAUAUCGUUAACGUAAUGCUAUACAAACACAAAUAUUGAUUUGGAGUUUUUCGGUCCACAAAUAAACAUUAAGUCAAAUGUACAGACCAGGCAAAGCAAUUUAAACAAAGAAAAACACUAAAUAGAAACCAAUAAGCUCCUAAAAAGUUAUAAACAGUGAAAACAUGGGGUGCUUAAGUAGUAAAGACCGUUUAACCAAAGAAGACAUGGAGUUCUUAAAAACGCAUACGAGAUAUGACGAAGCCACAAUUAAAGAGUGGUAUAAGGGAUUUAAGCAAGAUUGCCCCAACGGCCGAUUGACGCCUGCUAAGUUUGUCGAUAUGUAUAAAAUGUUCUUUCCAUCCGGAAAUGCGGAAGAGUUUUGUGACCAUGUUUUUCGUACAUUCGAUAUGGACAAAAAUGGAUAUAUUGACUUUAAGGAAUUUUUACUCGCAAUAGAUGUAACUUCAAGCGGAACACCGGAGGAAAAGCUAAAGUGGGCCUUUAGAAUGUACGAUGUCGAUGGCAAUGGUGUUAUAGACAUACAAGAAAUGACCAAAAUUGUUCAGGCAAUUUAUGACAUGCUAGGAGCGUGCUCAUCUAAUCGUCCAGCUGAUUCAGCAGAAGAAAGAGCAAAAAAUAUUUUUGCAAAAAUGGACGAAAAUAACGAUGGUCAAUUAACCCAAGAUGAGUUCUUGAAAGGAUGCUUGCAAGAUGAGGAGUUGUCAAAAAUGUUGGCACCAUAAACAAUUAUAUCCUACAAUAUGUGUGUAUUUGAUGAAAUCAGUAAUGAAAUGUAUAAAUACUUAAUUUAUAUUUCUUAUACUAAAAUUAAACUACUAUAAAACUAUGCAAUCAUUAAACUAUUUUCAGUGUGUCACUCAAAUUAAUACAUUAAAAUUUUUCACCAGAUCUAAAAACAUGAAUCGUUUGAAAAUUUUCCUUUUCGUACUUGCAUUAUUCACUCAUUUCUAGCUGUCUUUUUUAGCCUGGUCUCCAAGGCCUACCAAUAUAUUUUAUGUGUUUUAAAAACUAGCUGCAACCGAUGAUUGGACGCUAUACGAAACGGCAAGGAAUUAAAAAAAAUGUACUGGAUACAUGUUCUAAUUUGAGUAAAGCGUUUUAUGGGAAAUUCGAUAUAACAUUGUGUUUCUAUUAAUAUCUACUUUUAUAGUGUCUAAUAUAAAGGCAAAUAGAUUUAGCCCGUUGUUCAACGUCACUAUAGAAUUUAGAAAACUUAGCCCUCGAAAAAAAUGUUCAUACUAGAAGCUCGUUAAAUUCUAUUCUUCGGGUAUUUUACUUAAGUUUCUUUUUUUUUUAAAUAUAAUAGUAAAGUGUUUAGAUAAUUCUAAAGAACGUUAACUGUGAGAAUAUCUUCACCUCCCCACUUGUAAUGCUUGAUUGUAAAGUUGCGUGCUUUUUACCAUUUGGCGGACAUAUCCAAGUAUUGAUUACAUAUACAGAAUUUCUCGUAUCCAUACGUUUAUAUUUUAAAAUAGAUGUUUAAAGUAUUUUAUUCAUAAAGGUUUACACUGCAAGAUGGUAUUACAACAAUAUCCAUUGGCUAUUUGCUUAAUUUGGCUGUACAUUACAAAUCUGUCUGCAAGGGUAUUUAAUCUUCGGUACCCGAUGAAUACUUUUCCAGAAUCGUUCAAUAUAUAGAUGCUAAUUUGAU